AUGACGUUUGGUUCAUGAAACGAAACUUAACAUUCAUAGAAACCAAAGCUAUCCGAUUUCGAAGCAUUUCCCUCGAUCAGGAGAAAUAUAAAACGCAUUUUGGAACAAAUAGUCUGACAGACAAUAACAACAAGGAAUGGCCUCUGCUAACACUUCCUGGUCUGAAGAGAACUUUUCAUGUUCCAUCUGUCUGGAUGUGUUCAACAAUCCAGUUACCACCACAUGUGGACACAACUUCUGCAGAACCUGUAUUACAAAGUUCUGGGAUGAACAAUUCCAGUACAAAUGUCCUGUUUGCAACAAGCUUUUCAACACAAGACCUGAUCUACAGGUCAAUACCUUCUUAUCAGAGCUGGCUGCUCAGUUUAGAACAACCGUACGAGUAAAAGAGCAGCUUUUUGUUGAACAAGCAGAAGUUCCCUGUGACUUCUGUACUGGGACCCAGCUGAAGGCUGUGAAGUCCUGCCUAGAGUGUUUUAUGUCUUUCUGCCAAACCCACCUGGAGCCACAUCAGAGAGUCGCUCGCCUACAGAAACAUCGGCUGGUCGAGCCUAUGGACCGUCUGGAAGACAGGAUGUGUAAGAAACACAACAUACUUCUGGAGCUCUUCUGCCGGACUGAACAGGUUUGUGUGUGUCAGUUCUGCACAGAGACAGACCACAGGUCUCAUCCUGUUGUACCUCUAAAGGAGGAAUAUGAAGUGAAGACGGCCCAGCUGGGGAAGAUAGAGGCUGAAGUUCUGCAGAUGAUCCAGGAGAGAAAACAAAAGAUUAAGGAGAUCACAGACACAGUGGAACUGAGCAACAAAGAUGCAGACAUAGGGAUAGCCAUUGGUGGCCAGGUCUUCACUGCUCUGAUAGGCUGUGUUGAAAAGUGCCGGGAUGAAUUCAACCAAACUGUUCAAGAGAAACUGAAAUCCACAGAGAAACAAGCUGAUGACCUCAUCAAAGAGUUGGAGCAGGAAAUAGAAGAUCUGACCAAUAGAAGCUCAGAGGUGAAGCAGCUCUCACACACUGAAGACCACCUCCACUUCCUCCAGGCCUUCAGAUCCCUGAAGGAUCCUCCACCCACCAGGGACUGGACCACGGUGGAGGUCCGUCCUCCGUCAUACGUAGGGACCUUGAGGAGAUCCCUGGAUCAGCUGGAGGAGACACUGAACAUGGAGAUGAAGAAGCUGCGUGAAGCUGCUGAACUGAAGAGGGUCCAGCAGUAUGGAGUAGAUGUGACUCUGGAUCCUGAUACAGCUCAUCCCAGGCUCACCCUGUCUGAGGACGGGAAACAAGUACAUGAUGGAGGUGUAGUGAAGACACUCCCAGACAACCCUAAAAGAUUUACGAGGAAGAUAUAUGUUCUAACGAGGCAGAGCUUCUCCUCAGGGAGAUUUUACUUUGAGGUCCAGGUUAAAGACAAGACCUCAUGGUAUUUAGGAGUGGCCAGAGAGUCCAUCGACAGAAUCGGCCAGACCAAAGGGUCCCCUGAGACGGGUUACUGGACGCUUUACUGUGACAAGAAUGGGUUGAUUUUUAGAGAUAACCCUUAUGUCCGUCUCCCUCUGAGAGCUGAGCUCCAGAAGGUGGGGGUGUUUGUUGAUUAUGAUGAGGGUCUGGUCUCCUUCUAUGAUGUAGAGGCCAGGGUUCAUAUCUACUCUGCUACUGGCUGCACCUUCAGUGAGCCUCUCUAUCCAUUCCUCUGUCCAUGUUUACAUGAUGGUGAUACAAACUCUGCCCCCCUGAUCAUCUCACCUGUCAAUCAAACAGACUAGGACCUUAGUUUGAUAAUAAAAUAAUCAAACGAGAAGUUCUUUAAGAAUACAACCCCAGUUGUUGAAUACCACUUAUUAUAAAUGUUAGAUUACACUCUAUUAUUGUCUGUUUUCUCCUGAUUUUUUUUUAUUAAUUGAACACUAUAAAAUUCAUAACAGUUGCUGUUACAUAGAACAUCUUUAGAGGAUUCAUUUGUAUGAAUAAUAAUUGUAGUUUAUUAACUUUUCUUUUGGUUUCAUAUUCUGAAUAGUGAAUGAAAAAACAAUACAAUGUUCCUUACACUUUGAUUUUAAUAAAAGGAAAAGGCAAAAAAUGUAUGGGUAGGCCUAAAUUAUCAUUGUAAUAGAUCAUUUAAGUGGAAUAGAUACAUUCCAGUUAAUAGUAUUCAGUAUAAAUACUGUUACAAGUGUAAUGCAAAAAAUAAAUUUGUUUUGCCUAAAACCCUUUUUUUGAUCAUUUUGAGAUUGAUGUAACGUUUUAAAUCACUAAAGAAUUGUAAAAGGUUUGUAGUUGAUGAACCAGUCAAUUAAUCUCCAAUAUACAACAACCCAACAUGUUACACACAGGUUUGAAUGUGUGUUUCAUCUUCUCCCUGAUGGUCUGAGUAAAUAUGGAAGGAAUAUUAGUAUUAUGGCAUCCCGUCAAAAGCUGUAUGAUGCUGCUCACCUUGCAUGUUGUGGAGGAACAACAAUUCAUUUAUGUAUCUUCGAUUUUACAAGGCUUGAGGAACCAGGUUAACGAACAAAUCCAAUCAAAUCAAAGCAUAAUCUCGUUAAUCCAGGAAAGGAUAUCCAACCAAACACAAAUAGAGGAGGAAAAAAACACAGGAAAAGGGGCAACUGGAUGAUGGUAAAAUCAAAGAGAAAUAUAACUUGUUGGUGGGCGUGCCCUUAACCUGCGUCCGCGUCCCAGUUUGAUUGACAUGAUCAAACAGCCCGCCCCGCCCCCCGAUGAAGCCCUCACUGCUGUCUCCUCAGAUUAAUAGCUAUUUGAUUACCAGAUUAUGAACCACGCAUUAAAAAUAAAUACAUAAUCGAGUCUGACUGUCGAUAACAAUGCGGGACAACGUCUCAAUUUGCGGGACUUGUAAAAAGUAAUGGAAAUGCGUGACUGUCCCGCACAGAGCGGGGACGAUCACAAUGGGAAUCGAACCCAGUUCCUUUUGGCUUGCCUUGCCAUUACACUAUCCUGAUAUGAACUCUGAGAUACUGCUAAUGAAGUGUGUAUGUGAAAGCUCUCUAUCUCUCUCUCUCUCUGUCUCUCUCUCUCUCUGUCUCUGUCUCUGUCUCUCUCUCUGUCUCUGUCUCUGUCUCUCUCUG